UGUGGUGUAAAGAGACAGCAGACACUCUUAUCCUCAAGCAUGAAAGAAAUGGAAAUGAACUGAAGAUGGUCAUGUGUCCUAAUAUAAUAUAGAGCUUCACUAACGGCCACAUAUGGCCUCCAUCCCCUUCAAACCCCUUCAACCAACUCAAUUCCAACUCCAACAACUCUACCCCUUCACUCGCUGCAAUCAUUCUUCGACUCUACUAAACCCCUUCAAGUUUCAUACCCUAUCAAGAAUUUCAUCUUCCCUUCAUGUCACUCACGUGGAGACAAUGUUGUCCGUUGAACCAGAGCAAGAAAUUUCAGGCACCAGACGAGAUAGUAAAACUAAUAACGAAAUUGCUUCUGGGUUUUCCUCCUUUACCCCCAAAUAUAAGAGAGUUGAUAAGAAACCUUAUUCUGGUGGGGUAGCAGAUCAGGAAAAUAGUGCGAAAAGAGUCAUUCUAAAAGACAGAAACGCAAAAUUAAAACCUAAAAGAAGUAGAGAAUUGGGCUCUGAAUCUUCUUCUUCUUCUUCUUCUUCUACUAAUACUAAUAGGUCAGGGUCAAAGAAGAGUAAAAUUGAUUCUACAUUGAGGAUUGGAUUAGAUAUGUGCUCAAAAAGAGGGGAUGUACUUAGUGCAAUUAGGCUGUAUGAUUUGGCAGUGCUACAAGGAAUAACAAUGGGACAGUAUCACUAUGCUGUACUUCUCUAUCUUUGUUCUUCUGCAGCUACUGGUCUCGUCCAGCCAGCAAAAAGUGGAAGUGGUAAUAGGACUUUGAAUUCUCCCAAGGAACCUUCUUCUGAUAAUAACAAGAAGGAGUUGAGCCUCAAUGGCAAAGUAAUUGAGCAUGAUUCACAUGGGAGAACUAAUUUGUUGAGCUCUUCAACAGAUUCUCAUCCUCAAACUGUAGAUGGAUUUGUUCAAUUUAUGAAGAGUAGUGCAAAAAAUUCUAAUUUACAAAGUGUGAGACAUGAAGACAAUGGAAUUAAAGUGAGUGAUGAUGUAAGAGAUUAUGCUCUGACAAGGGGUUUCGAAAUCUAUGAUAAAAUGCUCUCAGACAAGGUACAGAUGAAUGAAGCAACCCUUACAUCUGUUGCAAGAAUGGCAAUGGCAUUGGGCAAUGGUGACAUGGCAUUUGAUGUUGUAAAGCAAAUGAAAGAAGAUGGAAUAAACCCCAAAUUGCGAUCGUAUGGUCCUGCCCUAUCUGUUUUCUGCAAUAACGGGGAUGUCGACAAGGCAUUUAUAGUUGAACAACACAUGUUGGAGAAUGGCGUCCAUCCAGAGGAACCUGAACUGGAGGCACUUCUAAAAGUAAGUAUACAAGAUGGUAGGAGUGAAAAGGUGUAUUAUUUGUUGCAUAAGCUUAGAGAAGGAGUUCGACAACUCUCACCUUCUACUGCAGAUUUGAUCCACAAGUGGUUCAACAGCAAGGUAGCUUCAAGUGUGGGGAAAAGAAAAUGGGAUGAAAGAUCCAUACAAAAAGCUAUUAAAAAUGGAGGUGGUGGCUGGCAUGGACAAGGCUGGUUGGGUAAUGGAAAAUGGACUGUAUCACGUGCAAUUGUUGGCUCUGAUGGCUGCUGCAAAUGCUGUGCUGAGAAGCUCGUGACCAUUGAUCUUGAUCCCAAAGAAACUGAAAAGUUUGCCAAGUCAGUUGCUUCUAUAGCUGCGCAGAGAGAGAGAAAUUCGAGCUUUCAGAAAUUUCAAAGAUGGCUUGAUUACUAUGGACCAUUUGAAGCUGUUAUUGAUGGAGCAAAUAUUGGCCUUUACAGCCAAAGAAAAUUUAGGCCAUCUAAGGUCAAUGCUGUCGUCAAUGGAAUUCGUCAGAUACUUCCUUCGAAAAAGUGGCCACUAAUAGUUUUGCACAAUAGACGUAUUACUGGAGAUAAGAUGGAUGAACCAUUCAAUAGAUCGUUAAUUGAGAAGUGGAAAAAUGCGGAUGCGAUCUAUGCAACACCUACUGGUUCAAAUGAUGAUUGGUACUGGCUGUAUGCAGCUAUAAAAUUUAGGUGCUUGCUUGUGACCAAUGAUGAGAUGAGGGACCAUUUGUUUCAACUUCUGGGAAAUGACUUUUUCCCAAAAUGGAAGGAAAGGCAUCAGGUGCAUUUCAGUUUCUCUGAAACAGGUCCAGUGUUUCACAUGCCGCCUCCAUGUUCUAUUGUAAUUCAGGAGUCAGAAAAAGGAUUCUGGCACGUACCAAUUGCCUCAGAACUUGAAUCUGAAGAGGAAAGGACGUGGCUGUGCAUUAGGCGUGCCAAUUCACCUAUGGCAAAUCAAGAUUCUGCCAGUGUAAUCAUAUCCAAAAAUGUUGGUGAUCCCACUCACAAAUGCCCUCCUGCAUCACACUCUCCUCACAACAAGGGAGAUGCAAAGUCAAGCACAAGAAGGAAAAAUCAAGUUAAGGUGACAGGAAAAAUUCAUGGCAGCCAUGAUCGGGGUAAGGAAGCACCUGAAGAAAUAUAUAGAAGUCUUAUAAAUAUAUUACAAACGUCAAUAACCUCAGAUCAUUGUUCCAUUCUUCCAGAACUGAAGGCCGCAGAGGAGUUAGGGAGUUGCAUAGUUGAUUUCCAAAUAUAAUCUCUUUAGUGUGGACUUUGGACCUUUUUGACACAAUAGAUGGUGCAAGCAGUCUCCAUUUCAGUGUUAUGGGGUUGACAGCACUUUGUAGUUGCUAGCUAGGUAUACCACAUACUUGAACAAGAGUUGAAUUUUGGAUUUUCUGCCAUGUAGAUUAGAUAGGAGUUUCCUGGGAUUAGGGUGGAGAAGAAAUAGGAUGGCAAGGCUUGUAUUGGGCUCUUCUUAUAACAACACUUUUUACAAUUUUUGCCAGCAUUAAUAGUUUUCAUAGUCUCUAUGGUGAAUAAUUUUCUUCAACGCAAA